AUGAAACCUUUUGAUAGUGGGCAUGAAGAUCUCGUACACGAUGUUGUAUAUGACUUUUAUGGUAGAUAUGUAGCCACAUGUUCUUCAGAUCAACACAUUAAAGUUUUUAAAGCUGAUAAACAAACAAAUAAAUGGGAGUUAAGUGAUUCUUGGAAGGCACAUGAUUCAUCAAUUGUAGCCAUCGAUUGGGCAUUGCCUGAGUUCGGUAGAAUUAUUGCAUCUGUCUCAUAUGAUAAAACUUUAAAACUGUGGGAAGAAAAUCCAGAUCAAGAAGAAUGCUCCGGUAAACGUUGGAAUCUACUCUGUGUUUUAAACGACUCACAAGGCGCUUUGUAUGACGUUAAAUUCGCUCCACCACAUCUAGGUUUAAAAUUGGCUACCAUUGGUAAUGAUGGAACUUUGCGGAUUUACGAAGCUUUAGAGCCAUCGGAUUUAAGGUCAUGGACUUUGACUUCAGAGAUUAAUAUUUUGAAAAUACCUCCUGCUAAUCAUUUACAAUCUGAUUUUGGAUUAUCUUGGUGUCCUUCCAGGUUUUCUCCAGAAAGGUUAGCUGUACGUGUUCUGGAUCAGGCUAUGAUAUACGAAAAGGUAUCUAAGAAUAAUGAAGACGUUAGUGAGCUUCCAUUUAAAAACUAUAAUAACAAUUUAAGUUAUAAACAGGAUUUAUUUGGUAAACUUGGUAACCUGCAAUCAAGUAAGAGUAAUACUCUAAAUUCAACUGAUAACAUUACUGGUUCUGUACCUUCUAAUAAUAAAAACGAAUUUAGAUCUCAAAGCAUGAAUGAUCAAGAAAGUAUUAUUAAUAGUGAUGUUGAUAUGGAUAAUAGUAAUGAUAAUAUAGAGUUCAGUAAUAAAUCUAAUAUCGAAAAUACAGGAGCCAAUAGCAAUAGCAACAAUAACAAUAACAACAGCAACAACAAUAAUAAUAAUAAUAUAAAUAAAUAUCAAGUUAUAGCAAAAUUGGAUGGUCAUAGAGGACUAAUUAGAAGUAUUAGUUGGGCGCCAUCUAUUGGAAGAUGGUAUCAAUUAAUUGCAACUGGUUCCAAAGAUGGUAAUGUUCGUAUCUUUAAAUUAACGGAGAAUUUAUCUAAUGACACUGAUUAUUAUAAUCAAAAUAAUUCAACUGUUAAUUACAACAAUAACAAAUCAGUCGAGAAAAAAUUUUCCACAUUUAAUAACGAUUCACUGAGGUUAGGCUCAAAGAAACCACCAUCAUCUUUAAAUGUAGAAUUAUUAAGUGAACACGAUGAUCAUAAUGGUGAGGUAUGGUCUGUGUCAUGGAAUUUGACUGGUACUAUAUUAUCAAGUGCAGGUGAUGAUGGUAAAGUACGUCUAUGGAAGGCAACAUAUUCAAAUGAAUUCAAAUGUAUGUCAGUUAUAACAGCUCAACAACAAUGA